AUGCCAGAAGUCGGUUCAAGGAAAAUACAGGGAAUGAAUGAGGUUGAAACACCUUUGCAAGCAGAUGGACGUGAAAGAACGCCGCAAACCGAUCAGACACACAAUCCAUCGUCACCGGGCGGCGAGCCACCCAGUCCUCAGAAGUCCCCCGUGCAAGCCAGAACUCCAGCAGCAUCGCCGUCUACGAGAACAAAAGCACCAAUCCCUGUGGCACCACAACAGCUUUCAGUGCAAGACUCUAACGACCUCGACCCGGCCACUGUCAAUGUGCCGCCUAACGUCCUUGCCGCCUUCCGCACUCCUCUGCGCCACAAGCCUACCCAUGGCAUUCCAGUCGCCUCUCUCCAGAUGCGGUCCUAUAGUGUGCGAAACCUCGAGUUCUACGCCGAUUUUGCGGUGCGUGCUGCCUACUGGCUUGGGCUGCCCUGCUCAGGUCCCGUUCCCUUACCGAAAAAGAUAGAACGCUGGACAGUACCGAAGUCACCCUUCAUCUUCAAGAAGAGCAUGGAAAAUUUCGAGAGGAUUACGAGACGGAGACUUUUAACCAUCUAUGAUGGAGACCCGGAAGUUGUGGAGGUUUGGCUAGCGUUCUUACGCAAGUGGCAAUUCUACGGUGUGGGAAUGAAAGCGAACGUCUGGCAAUUCGAGGGCCUUGAUGUGGCAGGAAAAAUGGACAAGCAAUUCGCAGAUCUGGAGAAAGAGCUUGAUGAGAAACUCCGACUAUUUGGUUUCAGCAAGGCUGCGGCAGGAAAUCGUAAUUUGGUGCAGAUGAUGCACAAACAGGGCGUCCGAGGUCCCGGUGUCCCUGUCACAGACGUAAGGGAUAAGACGAGAGAUCCCUCGGAGCAGACCUUCUUCACCUGA